GCGGGGUGCUGCCAUGACAACGGGACAAAGGCAUGCUCGACUGCCAAGCAGGCAUUGAGCUGGAGCCGGUGCACACGGGCACGCGCAAGGGGAUGACGCAAGAGGAGAUUGCCCAACAGGUUGUGCUUAUUACGAUCGGUGCUUCCGCACCGCCCCCUGCCACUGCUGUUUUUGAGCGACGUGGUUACAUUUUCCGUCUGUACCCUAGGGACGAUGACUCUGAUGACGAGCGGAUACCCGAGGCAGCGGAUGACCCUGGGCUCCCCAUUCAUCGUGAGAUCGACGAUUCACACAAGGAUCCCAAGGACGCGGAGACGAGGACAUACACCGCACGGCGGGGGCGGGACUUUGAUGAGAUGGAGAUGAUGGGGGAAAACGAGGAUCGUUGGGGUCCUAUAUCACCAUCGCCCGUUUCGCCACUUCAAAUGCCCGCUAUAGAGGUGGAGACACAGGAGUUGGCAUCCUCCUUGCCUCAACACGGUCCUCUGCACAGAUCUACGGUGAUUCGCUGGUUGAGGUUACCAUCACCUUCCCCGAGGGUUUUGCAGGAGGAGGUUGGACAUCGUGCCACUCCGAAGGACAUGGGGCGGCCAGUCGUACCGGAGGUCGAGGUGACAGCAGCGCCACCGGUGGAGGCGAAGGUAACAGGAGCGGAGGAGGAGGUACAAGCAACGGCGGCGGGGAAGGAGGAGGUGCGAGCUAGAGUUGUUGUGGUGGGAUAGGAGCCGAAUGGUGUGGACGCCGAGGAGCGCCUCGUGCAACAGUUUAUCACCGA